AUGGUGUCGGUGACCAGAUCCGUGUUUGGAGAGCUGCCCUCAGGGGCAGGGACAGUGGAGAAGUUCCGGCUGCAGUCGGACCUGCUGGGAGUGGACAUCCUCUCCUGGGGUUGCACCAUCUCCGCCCUGGAGGUCAAAGACAGGCAGGGCAGAGCCUCGGAUGUAGUGCUGGGCUUUGCCGAGCUGGAAGGGUACCUCCAGAAGCAGCCCUACUUUGGAGCCGUGGUGGGCAGGGUGGCCAACCGGAUCGCCAAAGGAACGUUCACCGUGGACGGGAAGGAGUAUAAGCUGGCCAUCAACAAUGGGCCCAACAGUCUGCAUGGAGGUAUCAGAGGGUUUGAUAAGGUCCUCUGGACCCCUCAGGUGCUGCCGAACGGCGUCCAGUUCUCCCGGGUCAGUCCGGAUGGUGAGGAAGGCUACCCCGGGGAGUUGAAAGUCUGGGUGACAUACACGCUGGAUGGUGGGGAGCUCGUGAUCAACUACCGCGCGCAGGCCAGCCAGACCACGCCCGUGAACCUGACCAACCACUCCUACUUCAACCUGGCCGGCCAGGGUUCCCCAAAUAUUUAUGACCACGAAGUCACCAUAGAAGCAGAUGCCUUUUUGCCUGUGGACGAAACCCUGAUUCCUACAGGAGAGGUGGCCCCGGUGCAAGGGACCGCGUUUGACCUGCGGAAGCCGGUGGCGCUGGGGAAGCACCUGCAGGACUUCCACGUGGGCGGCUUUGACCACACCUUCUGCCUGAAGGGCUCCAAGGAAAAGCACUUCUGUGCGCGGGUCCAUCACGCCGGAAGCGGCCGGGUGCUGGACGUGUACACCACCCAGCCCGGCGUCCAGUUUUACACGGGCAACUUCCUGGACGGCACCCUGAAGGGCAAGAGCGGCGCCGUCUACCCCAGGCACUCCGGCUUCUGCCUGGAGACCCAGCACUGGCCCGACGCCGUCAACCAGCCCCACUUCCCCUCUGUGCUGCUGAGGCCCGGUGAGGAGUACGACCACACCACCUGGUUCCGGUUUUCAGUGGCUUAA